AGCUCGUGGAGUUAACCUAACAAAGGACAUGACACGACAAACAUUAAGUCCACAAGAGGGCGCUAAAGCAAAUAUUAAUAACUGACAGCUGCCGUAAAACAGCGAAGAAGAAGAAUAUGAUGACGCUGUUAUAGCGCGCCACAGAAGCUAGCACUCCUGCUAGCACUGUUAGCUCAUGUUGUGAAAGGAGAGUAUUGACCACUUCAGUCCUCAUGUCGGCGGGUGUUUUACUUUGUUAGAUGGUCCAGCCACCGUCCCGGUGUCGAGCAGUAGUGAGCUUCAGUGUGACCCGGCAGUCGUCAUGGCGGAGGAGGAGGAUUUAUCAGCGAAGCUUCUGACAGAGGAGAUGAAACACAGCAAUGGCGGCUUCGUACCUCCGGACGGUUUAUGCUGGGUGUCCGUGCUGUCCUGUCUGCUGCUGGCCUGCUCUUACGUCGGCAGUUUGUACGUGUGGAGGAGCGACCUGCCCAGGGAUCAUCCAGCUGUGAUAAAGAGACGCUUUACGAGUGUGCUCAUCGUGUCGGGCCUGUCGCCUCUCUUUGUGUGGGCGUGGAGGGAGUUCACAGGGGUCAGGACUGGCCCAUCGUUACUGGCUCUCAUGGGGAUCCGGUUUGAAGGUCUCAUUCCAGCCGUCAUCCUUCCUCUGAUGCUCACCAUGGUCCUGUUUCUGGGCCCCCUCAUGCAGCUGGCUAUGGACUGUCCCUGGAGCUUCAUGGAUGGGAUGCGGGUGGCUUUGGACCCCUGGUUUUGGACGUUGUGUUUCAGCGACAUGCGCUGGCUGAGGAAUCAGGUGGUGGCUCCCCUCACAGAGGAGCUGGUGUUCAGGGCCUGCAUGUUGCCCAUGCUGGUUCCCUGUGCUGGUCCACUCACUGCCAUCUUCACCUGCCCCCUCUUCUUUGGAGUUGCUCACUUCCACCAUGUGAUCGAGCUGCUGAGGUUCAGACAGGGGACGCUGUUGGGGAUUUUCCUCUCUGCAGUGUUCCAGUUCUCCUACACAGCAGUUUUCGGGGCCUACACUGCCUUCAUCUUCAUCAGAACAGGUCACCUGAUGGGUCCGGUGCUCUGCCACUCCUUCUGUAACUACAUGGGUUUUCCUGCUAUCAGCACAGCGAUGGAGCACCCUCACCGUUUCACCGUCCUCUCCUCCUACCUGAUGGGUGUUCUUCUCUUCCUCCUUUUCCUCUUUCCCUUUACCGAUCCCUCCUUCUAUGGUCUCCCCACACCGGUGUGCACCCUUACUUCCUCCCCCAGCUCCCUUUGCCUCUCUUGAUCCCUUCCUCCCCACUCUUUUCUCUUCUGUUGUCACAUCACCUUCCACUGGUGAAGCAGUCGAGGGUUGUUUUUUUUUUUUUUUUGCCAAGUUACAGUUCAGGUCAGGUCCAGUUUGGACCGACAGCGCUAACAGCCAUGUAGACUUUGUUGCCAUUGAGAGGUGGGAAAUCGGUAGCCAUUUUCUGUGGUGUGUGGACCCUUGAUAUGUCAAUGCAUUCACGUGACAUAUUUCAGCUAAUCAGCAGCAGUUCUUUGCUGACUCAGAUUGGAUAGGUGGGGGUCCAUGUUGCUGGGAAUGAACUAAGAUCGUCCUGUUCGAGGAUGGCAUCUGUUAUCUUUGGCCUUUGCUGCCAAACUGAUCCUGGUUUAUCACUGAAGGACAGUUUCUCCAGAGAUCCUCUCACACUGAUAGACCUCGUCAGUUUAGGAUGAAGCAUCAGAAUGUACCUUUUUGGUGUACUCAUUUUCCUCUCAGCCUGCCUCCUCUUUCCAACGAUAAUUCUGGUUCUUGCAACUUAGGUCUUAUUUUUCGUAAUUUUGGAGGCCAGUAAGAAUACAAGGUUAUUGCACAGAUUUGGGCACAAAUUGACAUCAAAAAGAAGUCCGGAGGAACAGCAAAUUUCAUAAGCCAAUUAUUACCCAAUUGUGACCAUCAACACAAUUCCUGGUUAACUAUAAAUUGCUAUUCUUGUAGUAGUUGUACAUAUUCAUUUGUACUACAGCAGCUACGUGUUUUCAGAACUGAGUCAGUCCUUCCAGGAUUUCACAAUGUUGCAAUCACAACAUUUAAUGCAGAUAUGGCAAAUCCUUAUGAAUUCUGCAUGACCUUGCAAUUUUGUCCAAUCACUGCAAUUUUAACCAUAUAAAACGGGUAAAAACUUAUUUUAACAUAUUUAUUGUUAUCUGAUUUCAUUGUAGAAUUGUGCGCAGCGUGUUGAUUCACUCAUCCCUCCUUUUCUCGCUCUGUUUUUAUCAUGAGACUACAGUUACCUGUGUGACAGAGUCACACACACAAUGACAGGUAUAACUUUUAGCACCACACGGCUAACGUUACCCAACUUAUAUUUAAGGAUUUAAUGAGUCUAGCCCUUUUUGCGUCAGUGGGGUGGGUCUGUUCAACUGCUCUGAGUUGGAUGUUAGCUGCCUUUUCUGUGUUAGCGUUUGGGCGGUAUGUAAUAUUUCAUACCUUCCUGAAAAGAGAAUGUAAUAUUCUCACAGCAAUUUUCCAUGUUAAACAAAGAAAUACAACUGUACGCCUUUUGAAUUCAACGUUCUCUCGGUCACAGAAGACUGAAAAGGCUUAAUUGCCCUGUUAACUCUUAAAAAACAUUUUUAAAAAAAUCAUAAAACACUAUAUUCAAACUGACAGAAACAAAAUAAAACUCACCCAAGCUGUCUCGGUUUAUCUUGCUAGUUAUCUAUUUAAUAAGUCCACUGUUCGAACAACCACCAUCUCCGAUUUGGUCCAAAUUAAUUCUUAAUUUGCCAUGUUUGAUGUUAAAAACAUGCUGUUAUUACCCAAACAGUCUCUUUCUACUGUUGCUGGUUCUCUCACCACCACUAGGUGCCACAGUGUCUUUGAGCUUAGCUGCCUGUUCCACCAGUAGAGACAGACUGAGUUCUGGUGGUGCAUGCUAUGCAAUACAUACAAUGAGUUUAAU